AUGUCUACGCACAUAUCCUCUCCCCACCGCCCACGCCCCUCCGACCACACGUCCCUCACGCCCAUCGAUCCAGACGGAAAACCAGCUGACGGGACGCAGAUAUACUCGUGGUAUGAUGAUGAUGACGAUGGAGAUGAAAAGGACGACGAGGAUGCUGACGACGAGGAUGCUGACGACGAGGAUGCUGACGACGAGGAUGCUGACGACGAGGAUGCUGACGACGAGGAUGCUGACGACGAGGAUGCUAACGAUGCUGAUGCUGAUGACUUAUUCGCAGAAGAGGAACCUUAUUCACGAGGUCGUUUUGAUUGUAGCCGUCUGAAGUUGGGCACAGAACCAACCCUACACCGCCUAAUAGCAGAGGUGACGGUGAUCCUCCGGGCCAGGCGCUGA